AUUAUAUGCUUGAUUAUUAAAGUCUAUAAUGUGGUAUCAUGUCGGUUUUUAUUGAUGGUUAGAGAUAUUGUGUUUAGUUUUCUAAUUAACUGAUUUAACAAUACUGAAUUUUUCCUUUUUAUUUUCUGAAAUUUUCCUUUUUAUUUUCAGAUUUUUUUUUCUAAAAUUUAAGAUGAUUUUUUUUUAUAAAUACGACUCUGUUUUAUAGAAAGGCUGUUUUAUUAUGCAAGAUCAAAGGUUUUUUAAGCUUUUUGUGUUCAACUUGAACUUUUAAACUUUCAAAAAGUUUUUUGGGAGAUUCUGUUUAAUUAGUAUGAUUGAUUAUAGAAGCUAAUAUAAGUGUAUUUUAAUGAUGUGAAAACAAUUUGAGUACGGUGUCUUGUCAGUUUUCAUUAAUCGUUAGAGAUAAUAAUCGAGUAUGGUUUCAUUGUUCUAUUUUUAAGGUCAAAGCUUAAUAUUCGAGAUAAUAACACCUUGAUAUAUGGGUUUUCCUCUUUUAUGAUUUCUUUAGCCUUGAAGUCACUUUGAAUUUAGUCAUUAGUAUUACCAAAGACGUUUAUGAUCUCUCUGUUUACAGAUGAUUAAGCAUAGAAACCCUCGGGUAGGUUAAAUUCACAUGUUAUAUUGCAUGAGAUGAAACUAACAUUAAACGUCUAAGAUGAUAGUUAGUGUUUUUAAACUAACAAUUAAUGAGAGAAGAAUACUCAUAGCCAUUUCUGUGCUUUCUUUUGUCCUGCCAGCAUGUGAAAGCCAUUUAUGUUCAUUUGAUGUUGGUAUGUAUGCAUGCGUUUACAAAUUACAACAUGUCUGGGUGGAAUAUCAAUAUAUCCGCCCAAAUCAUUUUGAUUCUUAUAUAUAAUUAUAUAUCCAAAAGUAACUAUUAUACGGCGAAUCCUGCUAGAUCUGGAGAAGAUAAAAUGUAAAUCAAAGAGAAGAUAAAAGUGGAAUAUGCCUAACUGUUUCAGCUUGUUUUGCAAGCCCUCCUUUAAAUUUGGAAUAAAUCAAUGUAUGAGAUCUAAUUUUGAUAUGAUUAUAACUUCACUUGACCGCCAAAAUCUACAGAUAUAUACUUGGCUUAGAUAGGAAUAUCUGGUAAAAAGAUCAAAUACAUCUUUACUGGUUAAUACUAUAGCUAGAUACCAAAAUAUCAAUUAAAGGAGUAUAAUGUGCUAUAUAUAAUUAGUCUACGAAUGAAUGUGAAAUAGAUUCCAUAUCUUAUGAUUAUUCAUAUUCUUAUUUAUAUUUAUAUUCUUAUCCAUAUAUUUAUAUUCAUAUUCUUAUUUUCGACCAAAAAAAUGUUGUAAGUCUUACAACAAUCCAUCUCCUACAUUGGAUCAAAACUAAUUAUUUAGGUCAAAACUUAAUAUUCGAGAUUUGAAUAUGUCCGUGAAUAACCCUUUACUCCAUACUCCAAAAUAAUGUUAUUCAAAACUAAAAAAUAUUAUAUAGAAGAAAAAGCUACACAUUAAAGAAAAAGUCGAUUUGAGUUACAUGCAUGAUCGAAUUAUCAUAGCAUUUAAUAUAACAAUUGAAGGAAAUGGAGAUUUGAGUGUGCAUGUAUAUGCCAAAGAUCAACACGAGUUUUUGUUUUUCAUGUGUAUAAAGUGAAGAGAAGCAGUCAGGUCAAGAACUUAUCCAAAUGACAUACACAGAGGGUGAAUUAAAUGUAGAAGAAGCAAAGUUUAUCCACAGCAUCUGUAAGAAAAGACACGUGGCAGAGUGGAGAGAGCUGAAGCCGGCGGCAGAGCCACGUGGGGAUCACGUGAACCCAUCUCCUUUCUCAUCAGAAGUUGGUUAUAUAACAGACCGUUGGGGAGUUAGGGCAAAACAAAUAAGAAAAAAACUAAAGUCAUCAUUAAUUAAACUAUACAUUAUCCAUUUCUCUCUUACUAGUUCUCUCUCUCACUCAACAAAUCAACAUCCUUCUCUCUGUCAAGAAAACUCAUUGUAAUUAAAAUUUAGUUAAUUAGUCACUAGUUACUACAUAUAUUGACCAUUUAUGGACAUCAAGAAAACCAAAGCUCCUUCCUCAUCUUCUUCACCCUCUUCGUUUGAUCAUUUGUUUGGUCCGAGAGGGUCAGCUGCCUCUGCUUCUUCUGCUUCGUCUUGUUCAACUAUACUCGACUCCAUUUUCCCUCCUCCGGUAGCAGGCAAGAAGGGAAAUCACACUAGUAUCAUUUCUCAAACCACUGAUGAGAGAAGCAGUCAUGAAAGAAGAGAAGCUUCGUAUUUCAGCUCAUCCAUCUACUACGGAGGCCAGCAACACUAUUCACCUCCACGAGCUCAUGAUGCCUCCUCCACUUCUCCAUCACAUCAUCACCCCAAAGAAACUGAUGAUCGCACUGACACAACCGCCUCUGCUUCCAGAGGAAAUUGGUGGAAAGGUUCCUUGUAUUACUAAGACCAACCUAUAACUACUCCAACUGAUGGCCAUAUAAAUCAACGUGACUUUGCUGUGCGAUCUUUUUGGGUUUUGUUUUUAUGUUUUUUUUUGUAAUUAUACAAUGCUGGGGAUUAGUACGUUGGUUUAAGAGAGCAACUAAUGAACCACAUGUACCACAAAUGUAUGGCACAAACCCAGUAAAUAAAAUACUCAGAAUCUUAAUAACAA